UCGCUAGCCGAUGGGAGGGGGGAGUAGGGCUCGUCCACAUUCCAUGAGUCAUGCCGAUACACAACAACACCAUGUAAGAAGGACCCGGAUGGAGGCAGCGGCGGAGGGGCGCAUGCGCAGAUAGCCCUCUCUUGCGCGAGGGGCGGAGCAAAAAAAAAAAGGCGCCAAUCUUCCAAAGCAGAGUCGUUGCCUUGUUUUUACCUCAGGAAAUGGCGCUCAACUCCUCAUGAGUUCCAAAAAUUCGCAAUGUAUUGAAAAAUCGACUACAAAAACAUUGACAACUAAAAGGCAAACUGCGUUGGAUAAUACAGAACCUUGGAUAAGCGGAGCUUGGAUAAGCGAGACUACUGCAUAUAUGAAGGGAUGAGUGGCAUCUUCUGAAAUUGUGGAUUAUUACAAAUACUUCAAAGACACCCUGAUCUACAAUGCCAGGCCCAGAAGAUAAAGGGAAGUCAGAUGGGCUCCCAGGCAAACAGGAAGACGUGGAAGAAGUGCCUGAUCUUCUGAGCCAUGCUGCAGGUGAUGGAGUGGCAACCAGACCCAUGAAAGCUGUCAGAAACCCAAAUAAGAGGAAGAAGGAGGGAACUUCUAGGAAGAAAGAUUCAGAAAUGUCCAAAGAGAAGGAAGGUUGCCUCACUGAUGCACAGUUUGAGAAGAUUUUCCAGAGCGCGCUUCAGAGGCCUUUGCAGGAGUGCAUUGAAAAUUCUGGGAGGGAAGGUUUUUCAGCAGAGUCUCCUGAGGAAAAAAGCCUGGGGAGGGGGACUUUGGAAGUAUCCUUGGCUGCAAAGAAUGGCGUUUCCAGAAAUAAAAGCGUAGUGAAAAACAAACCAAUGCCAUUAGAAACAGAAAAGAAGGCACAUCGGUUCGGAAAGAAGCAUCAGAGCAAACUUUCAGCGAGCAAGAACGCGGAAGGGGAAAAUGAGGAACCAGGAGCAGACAAUGGAGGGUGUAAGGAAAACCGGAAAGCAGCGCCCAAGAAAAAAGUUCAAGGCAACGCCCCAGUCGUCAUUGACCGAGAGGAAAUGCAGGAGGAGGAAGAAGAGGAGGAGGAGGAGGCAGGCAGAGGAGGAAGUGGCAGCAGUGAACUGAACCCUCCCAGUUGCUCCAGUUGGUGCAUUGCGUGGAUCCAGUGCUCCGACCCAAACUGCCACAAGUGGAGGCGACUCAGCAGCAAGACUGACCCCUCGGUUCUGCCGGAGGACUGGUCCUGUAGCCAGAACCUGGAUCUCCAGUACAACAGCUGCAGCAUUUCUGAGGAGUCCUGGUCGGGAACAGAAGGCGAGAUAGUCUAUGCGGCUUAUGUUCCAGGGUCACUCGUAUGGGCCAAGCAAUAUGGAUACGCAUGGUGGCCUGGGGUCAUAGAGGCGGACCCUUACCUUGGAGAGUAUCUUCUGUUUUCUUCUCAAACAGAUUCACUUCCCUCCAAGUACCACGUGACCUUCUUUGGCAAGACUGUGUCCCGGGCCUGGAUCUCUGCCUCCAUGCUGAGGAAUUUUGCUGGAUCGAGCAUGGAAAAAGGGAAUGGCUUGGACAAGCCGAAAAGCCAAACUGGGAAGAAGAAUCUCAAGGUUGCUCUGAGGAUGGCAAAAGAAGCCGAGCAAAUGAACAUUCAGGAGAGAAUAAGGAUGUUUGGAUUCCACAGACGGUUCAGCGGGAGAGCCUUACCCAAAGGCCUGCAAGAUUGCUUCAACUUCACCUGCAAACUUCCUGCCAAGAUGGCUCUGAGGCCGGGGGUUAAGAAAAGGAGCCCUCCAAGGCCAAAGAAGGGUCAAGAGAAGCUUCCUCCUGGCACCCUGGUGAUGAAAGCUGAUCUGAAAGUCAAGAAUGAAUUCAAGACAAAGGAGCACAAAAGAGCCAACGUGGCAAGUGAAGGCCUCUCCUUGUCCAAGAAGAGCCGAAGAGAGGGGCCGUUGCCCAAAUCUGAAGCUGGAUCAAGCAUAGCAAAGAGACGGCAGAAAGGCCAGGAAGGUUUGAGGAAACCCUCUUCUGUGCCACAGCACAAGGAUAACAAAACCAAACACCUCAGUUCUCAUGCAGACAGCAGUUCUUUCUCUGGUUAUCCAAGGAAGAAAAACAGUUUGGAGGAGACCGAAAUCUCCCUCGGGAACAAAAGCAAGGGCAGCACAGGCCUGGAGGAACCAAGUGAGUCCUUGCCAUCUGACCGAAGUGGAGAGGAAACCUUCAACAGCCAGGAGACAUUUGCUGUGAGGAAUGACUCUCCUGAAAACUUUUCCUUGGCCUUAUUUGAAGAGAAGCCUCUUGGGUGUGGGCCACCAGCCCUUGGAAUGAAAAAGGUGGUCCAGUUUCCCCUCUCUAGCCUACUACAAAGGGCAGGAUACUUGAGAGCCUUGCUAAGGAUAAAUAGCAUCAGAAAUAAUAUUGGAUAACAGAGGCAAACCAAGAAAUGUGGAAAGAAGGCUGCUCUGGUUUUGACUCUUGAGUUUAAUCCGCCUUGGAAGUUGGUGACGGCUUGUUUUUAAACAGAGCUGCGAAGUUUCCUUUUUUCCGUUCCAUGAUUAAACAGCCAGCUUGAAAUAAGACAUGGAAAAUAAAUUCACUCUCUGGUAAAUGUGAUCGAGCCGCUUAAUGUUUAAUGCAAAGGAAAAAGCAGGCAAAAUGGCAAGGAUAACAUAGUAGACAUUUGUUUUGCUCCAGUUUGUAAAAUGACAAACACUUUGUUUGUGUUAGAAGAGUUACAUGAAAUAUGUUUUUGCCAAGUUCUAUUAAAGUAUUGGAUUUCAUGGGAA